AUGUCCCACAACCCAAAGAACAACCGCGUACUGGCCGUAGUAGGCGUCGGCCCAGGCAUCGGCGAAGCAGUCUCGCGCCACUUCGCCUCAAAAGGCUUCAGCGUAGCGUUGAUCGCCCGUACAGAAGACAAACUUCAAAAAAUCCAAGACUCAAUCAACGAGUCCUACCCCGGCUCGGCAAAAUACUACGUCACCGAUGUCCGGGAUGAAUCGAGCGUCAUCAAGACCUUCACCUCCAUCAGGGAAGAUCUCGGCCCCGUCCAUGUGCUAAUCUACAAUGCCGGGUCGAGACGCAUUCGUCCCCGGACUAUCCUCGAGACGUCCUCGGAGGAAUUCGAGAAUUUUACCCGCAUCAAUAUGUUCGGUGCCUUUUUUGCCGCCAAGUGUGUCCUCCCUGAUAUGUUGGCCGCCGGGGAGGGCACUGUUAUCUUCACCGGUGCGACUGGAUCCAUUCGCGGGAGUCCCGGGUUGAGUAGUUUCUCGCCGGGGAAGUUUGGUCUUCGCGCCUUGUCGCAGAUUAUUACUAGGGAGUUUCAGAGUAAGGGUAUUCAUGCGGCGCAUCUUAUUGUCGAUGGGCCCGUCCAGAGUGAUAUUAUUGGGGGGUGGUUGCGGAAGAAGUGGGAGAGGGAGGGUGAAUCAGAGAAGCUGCAGGAGAUGCAUCGGUAUGUUAUGCAACCUCGAGAUUUGGCGGAGAUUUAUUGGUUCUUGUAUACGCAGCCGAGGAGUACGUGGACGCAGGAGUUGGAUGUUCGGGCGGAGAAGGAGAGCAUGUUUUCAAAGUUGUAG